GUUAUGGCGGACACUCUCAGCUAGCCCUGGAUUUUGUCACUGUAGAAAAUUCAUUUUACUACCAAUAAUGAUGGGUUGAUGUCUAGAAAUGGAGCUUAGGUUUUCUGCAUGCCAGAAUAUGCACUUUCUCUCUGUGUACACCUGACAAUCAUGUGCUGUACUGGUUAUGACCAAGCGAGAUCUUUCUCAUCGUCAAAACUACUUGCCUAUGGGUCAACAACGUAUCUAAAAUGUCUGUGCUCAGGAAUUUCUUCUCGUGUAUGGGUGACCACCAUGGUGGCACCACCGGAGGUGGCCCAAACCAGCCGGAGGCGCCAACAAAGGUCAGGUUUGGCCUUCCUUUGAAAGAGUCCUUCAAAGAGGGGAUACUACCACAACCACUCAAGGAAUUACUAGUGAUUAUCGCUAGGGAUGGCAUGUCGACAAAUGACCUGUUCCGCCGUCCAGGCAAUCCUCAGGAUAUGAAGAAGAUUUUAAAACGAAUGGAAGAGGGAAAACCGAUCAUGUGGCAUGAAUAUAAUUUCUAUACAUUAGCAAAUGUAGUCAAGAGAUUUUUAUUACGGAUUCCUGGAGGAAUGUUUGGGUUAGAAAUAGAGGAGUUAUUGCUAGAGUCUUACUUCAUAGAGGAUCCUAAUGAACAGUUAGAUACUGUAAAUAGCAUUCUGACCUCCCUAGCCGAACCUGUGCAGCAGCUUGUGGCGCUAUUAUUCGGGAUUUGGUUCCGCAUGAUUCAUCAUUCGGAGUACAAUAAAAUGCAUGUUGAAGCAGUCGCAAAGAGUGUGGCCGGCAGUGUGUUCCAAUCGUGCACAUCUGACCCCACAAAAGUGAACUGUGCAUCUCAAGUAGUCGAGCUACUUAUAUCAAACUUUGGUGUCACAAAUAUGUUUGGCGCACGUAACGUUCAGUUCUUUGCAAACUCAACCCAAACAGGGAUAUGUACGCGGGAAACAUUCAAAUAUGAAUAUUCCUAUCCGCCUUCAGACAUUGUGCCCCGCGAGAAGUCGCUCGAGAUGUUUGCACGCCUCCUGCUCAAUGAGAGUGAAAAAUAUGGUUUUCAUGUCGGAAACGCUAUCUCGGAGGAAGAAUUCCACGAGACACGACGACGUUCGAAUACUUAUGACGAGGGCAGCAUCUCAUCUAGAAAGCCUUCAAUGAAAGAGAAACAUCAGCCAUUACAACGACUAUUGUCGAAUAAAUCUCAGACUAAUUCCAUGUCUGCGCCAGAAGUGUCUAAGAGCGAUGAAAGACUAGAUGCGUCCAGAGUGUUGGCGAUCAACAGAUCCCAAACCAACCCCGAGCAGCCCAUAUCCCCUGCAAUAGAAGACAUGUCCGAGGGCAUGUUCAAUUCCAUAAGCCUUGGAAGAUUCGAACUAGUACGUCGGCGGCAACUUGCUCAAUUAGAGAGAAGAUCAAAUUGGUUCUUGGCCCAACCUUGUACCAUAUCUAUAGACUCUAGAUUUAACCGCUUUGGAAGUCGUGUAACGGCGAAUAGUCUGGGCUCGUCGGGAAUGGCAACGUCAUCGGAUUUUGAUAUCUUGGACACAAAGGACAGCUGCGAGAAUAUUUUUGGUGAGCGGCGCACUGCACCCUCUUCUGAACCAGUUGCUCGGAAGCAGCCGCAGAAAAAUGCUGGCGUGCAUUCAGGGUAUCAUGCGACCGAGAGGGUCGAAGAGGCUCAGGAGGAGCCGAUGGAAAUUGACACGACACAUGACAGCGAGGAUUUGGACAAAAAGGAUGAUGACGCCGACGGGGAGAAGUCCGACUUGACUGACAAGGAGGUGCGGUAUUUUCUGGUGGAGAAUUGGUACAACGGUAAUAAGCAAUCUAGUAAUAUGCCAGAUAAGCCUGGGUCAGGCAAGCCAUGAUAGAUGGUUAUCCUUGAGUACCAGAAGCUCAGUGUUUAAGUGUUCAUUUCAUUUCGGGAAGACUUGGAUAUGCUGUGCAUUCAGUGUUCUUUAGCAUUGUAUUUCAAUGUAUUUAAGAGGAGGCCCGAGAUAAAAUGGGCAUCAACUGGUUGUGGACUAUUUAUUGAAAUUUUCAAGACCUGUUACACAUUUUUUAUUAGUCGUUCACAAAAUUUAGACAAGCAUUAUACAUCUAUUUGUUCCCUUAUGAAUGCGAGUGCAAUACAAAUUACAAGUUAAAAGAAAAUUUGGUGAAAGCAUAAAACUUAAGAAAAAAAUCAUAUAUUUGACUUCUACAAUUUAGAAUAAAAUCUCAUCUGAAAGAAACUUAUAGGAUUUUUGGUUCUUCAUGAAUAAAAUUGUAUAAAAGAGCCAUUUCAAGUUUGCCAAACUAGGCUUGCCUUUUGCGAUAUAGGACAUUACAUGAAUAUGUUGGCAGUUCUGUCAGUUUUGAGGUGAAAUGUACAUUUAGAUUAGAAUUGAAAAUUUCUCUAAAAAUCAGGUUCGUUAUGAUCUCAAAUUAAUAUAUUAUUAUUGCUGAUCUUCUGGUGCCCAGUUUGGAUGCAACCCAAUCUGCAUUAUAUCUGCACCCAGGCAUAUUUCUCUAAGUUUCGGUUAAUUGGUACCACUUGGAGUCGAUAGUUCCAAAAUUUGUUGCCAUAUGGCGCUGGAGUGCUGUGAUUGAAAGACGAGAAGUCUGCCAGUCCAAAUGUUCAGCUAGUGAGUCUGGACGGGCUUUUUUAUCCCAAACAUAUUUUGACACAACACCUGAUACUGCUCCCUACUCUAGCUCAACUUUCAAACGAGGAAUGUUUCUUGGAUUUCUAUGGCCUUCCAACGCCAUCUGAUAGCAUAUUUCGGAACUAUGGACUUGGAGUCCCACCAGUCAAUCGGAACCAUUUCUCAAUUCUUUGUAUUAGAAGUAAACAGUGUAUAGGUAUGUACUGUGAUGGCAAAGGUCGUGUCUUCUUGUUGGAAAAAGUGUAUGUUCGUGGUCGUGGUGAUGACAUAUGUGACAAAACGUGUUGAAUUAGGAUUCCUAAACUUGAUGUAUAUUCAAAGUUCCUUUUGACUUUUAUAUGAUGUAUGAUAUAUUGUAUCAUGUGGCAUCUAUGCGCUCACACAGGUUGUUUGUAUACUUCAGUGUUUGGACAAUCCACAUGUCACCGUCUUUCUUAUAAACUUUUUCAUAGAAACAAACUGCAUGCUUUGACUAUUACGAUCAGGUGUAUCAUAAUGAGUCACCCUGUAUGACACCACUUGCAGAGAGAUCACUAGAUGUAAUGCAAUUAGACUACAAAUAGCUAAAACGUCAAUUUAGAUGCGUGAGAUUUGUCAAAGUAGUCGAUUUAACUUUAGCGUAACUGGAGCUUCUGUGAGUUGUUUUGGCAUCAGUUUGUUGGUCGUGAAUGUGUUGCAAAGUUCUUGAUGAUUUUAUAAAUGUUAAACGGACAUUUCUUGUUGUAGCAUUUUGUAAAGACUGGAAAAUGCAAACUGAUGAUGCAUCAUUACAAGAGGCUGUUUCACCUUCGGUUUGCUGUAACGAGGAGACAUGAUGCUAGAUUUGAAAAGCAUCGAACUUUAAUCAAGGUUUCAGCUAGGUUCAUGUUGUCAAGAAAUCAAGUAUAGCAAACUGAAGUUGAAGCAUACAUGUAUGUUCUUUCAUUAAGAUGGGAUAUUUUUGCCUUCUAAUCAUGUUAAUAAUGGAUUUAGCCCACUUCUCUACUAACGACACCUAACUAAUUGGAUUUGAACCUUCACCAGCAACUGCAUUUUAGUUCCAAUUUUGAUAUCAAUUAUGUUUAAAGCAUAUCGCUUUCAUCUCUGUAUUGCAAUAGCAUAUCCACAGUGAAUUUUGAAUGGACCAGAUUUGCCUCAUGCUAAAAUUAGUUGCUGUCUUAAGGUGCUUUGCUAGUUGCAGAUUGCUGGUAGUUUUUAGAAAGGAAAGUUAAUUGAUAAUUUUACCAAUCUCAUCACAGCUGCGGAUAGCUCACAAAUAUUGAGAUGAUCUAGUACUGGUGAGGUUAUAGUGCAUUUUAUUCGUACAAAUAUUUUAUAAAAAACACAAGUAACUCCAUUCGUAUACGAUUCAACCUCACAAAAUACGUUCUGUGGCUGUUGUAAUUUGAUGUGACUGACAAUAGAAUUUUACAAGCUCCUCUGCUGGUGGCCUGAACAUGUGUAAUGUUAUGAAAUUCUUUCCUUAUUUCAAAUUUAGUGGCAUUCUUUGUUUAUUUCAAUGUAAUGACAUUCUUUGCUUGUUUCAAAUGGUGCCUUUCUGUAUCUUGAUAUGUGUUUUAUUAAUCAUUUGCACCUUUUUAAUGCCUUUGGCUGCAGAGAUGGGCUGGUUGACCAAUCGGCACUGGCAGUACCAUUGGCAGUAAGUCCCAAAAUCACAAAUGUACGUAGAAUUUAUUGAAGGGGAUUAUGCUCGGUUGAGCUGACGCCUUUCUAUAUCUUGAUAUGUGUUUUAUUAAUCAUUUGCACCUUUUUAAUGUCUUUGGCUGCAGAGAUGGGCUGGUUGACCAAUCAGCACUGGCAGUACCAUUGGCAGUAAGUCCCAAAAUCACAAAUGUACGUUGAAUUUAUUGAAGGGGAUUAUGCUCAGUUGAGCUGACACUAGCAUUUGUCUCUAAUGGCAAGGGGCCAGUGGGCCACGGUGCAUUGAUAAUACUUGGUCCAGCUAGGAACAAAACAUCUUGAAGCUUCAGGGGUUGAAAUUCAAACAGCUCUGAUGUGAUUCUCAUGAGUAGAUCAAUUUGUUAAUGUUAACCCUUGAUUGGUUAAGAUGGAAAAACAGCUUUCUUUCCACAGAGAAGUGUCUGUCCCCGUGUUAGCUUGUACAUUUAGAGCUAUUCCACGCAGAUAUGCUAUCGAAAAACGUCUGUAUAUAUUAGAAAGUAUCCUAGGUGUGUGUAAAUAUUCAGUUGAGCCAAAUUGAAUUAGUUUUCAGAAUCGACUAUUGAGAUGAAAUGAUAUAACUUCAAAAAAGAUUUGUUACAGUCUCCGUCACAUCUGAGGCCGUUUUUCGUUUGCGACACAAUAUUUAAGCACUGAUUAGGCCCAACCUCAGCUCUGCCUAAAAAGGCACCAAUUUUAUGACCAAGUAAAGAGGUACAUCUCAUUUCUGUUUCAAAAUGACUUCAGAUGUGAAAGAGACUGUUACUUGCCAUAUACAUGAAAGUGUAUGAAAAUUGCUUUAAUUUUGUGGUGCCAAGAUGUACAGUUUGGGUGAGACAUGUGUUUUGGCAUUGAAAGAGUAGGAUGCCAGAGUACAGAAGUCCUCUAUUUUAGCAGCUUAGUAUAAAUCCUACACAAAGUUUCUCGAAGAAAACUGUACAUCUUGGUGUCAAUUCUUUUGUAAAAUUUAUUUCUUGCCAGUAUGACGGUGCCAUCUACAUUUCAAUUGUGGAACUAAGGCUUAAUUUUGAAGCAUGACAGAAUGACAGAUCCUAUUUUCGGUAGAGUGAAAUGAUCGUUUUCAUUCCCUCUUUCUAACAUAUUUUAUAAAAAUUUAAGUAUUUUCAUUUUUAUUUCACAUUUUUAUUACAAGUUUAUCAGAAGAUAAUAAUUUUUCAAAUAAAAUCUAAGGCAUUUGUUUAAAAUCAACAGAUAGUUACUUGCUAUUGAUGUAUGCCUGUAUUUUGAUGUUAGGCAGUUCGAGAGUUUUGUUUUAAUGAGAGGUGCCCUUGUUUUAGUUCAAAGGUUAUUGUCAGUUUUUACUCUUUGAGACCUGAUUGGAGUGGUUCCUACAUGCUGUUGUUUAUUUCUAUACUGCAACCACCAUUUAUACUGUGGAAAGAGAAAAAGGACGCAACUUUUCGAAUACAUUCAUCUGACUUCCUCUCACAGACAUUUCAAUAGUUCUUAAUGUCUCUAAAAUGUUUCAUUCUUGGUAAAAACAUUUUACUCUACUCUCAAAGGGCUGAAAAACUGUCAUCGCGUACUUUGAAAGUUUCGAAUUAAAAACGCAGGUAUCUGCUUUUAAUUGUGAACUUUCCGAUUAUGUUUUUUCUCUUGGCUCAUGUUUGUAAACGCUUCAGCUUCAUGUGAUAUGUGUAACUUUAAGUAAACUUCUAGAUAACUAACUGUAUAUUUUGGGCUUGUAUUCUGCAAUGUAUGACUGUGUGAUGCUUUAAUUUGCUUUGUGAAUCAACACUUUUUGUUUUUGCCAAGUCGUGCAUUUUGAUGAAUUUUACCUAGUUUUUGCUCACGAAAUGCUACGGACAUAGACAUGUAUAGCACUAUGAACUAAUUGGUAUUGAGCUCUCACUUUUGUAUUUCAAGCUAUCUUUAACUGUUCAGCACUCAUUUCCUCGCAACAAUUUCAGGUGUAGUAGUAAUACUAAGUGUUCCCCUAAGUCCCUUGUACUAAGUAAACUCAUAGAGUUACAUUCAUCAUUCAACAUGCGCAAUUGUUAUUCUGUAAUUUGGAGGUUCAUGGUUCAGCUCUCCAGGUAUUUUGUGUCCCAUUGUUCCAGCAUGUUUGUUAUAGUAACUUGAAUUUUGUAAAGUUCUCUGGUGAGACCAGCACCUAUCAUUUUCCUACUUUCCUUGUACAUGUAUUCUGUUGUACAGUAUGUCUUGUUAAAAUGUUGUAAUGUUUAGGUGCCAGAUAAUGAAAUAUUUCCUUUUCUUUGUGUGUGAACUUUAAAUUUAACUCAUCUUUUAUUGACAACCGACUCCCGAGUUAUGGUUUCUGACAGCAGAGGUGCCGUUUUCUGCAACAAGUGUUCCCAAAGGACAAGUUUUAUGAAAAAAUAUAGCCUCCUUGAUAUGAUACCAAGGGAGCCAACUUCAAAACGAAAAGUGACCAGUACAAUAUCUGUAUGCACAGGUUUGUCCAGUUCACUUUCUGUUUCAUAGGUGGCUCCCCUGGUAUCCUAAGGCUGGUUCAUGCACAUUGAACUUGAAAGCCCUGACAAUGGUUUAAAUAAUCAAUUUAAGAUCUAUCGUCAAAAUAAAAUAAGUCGGAUGACAUGAUAUUCACCACGAGAGACGAAAGACAACCGUAUAGCAGGUUUUAGUUUGAAACAUCUCAAUAUGAAUACAACAUCUCUCAGGACUUCUAUUUUUAUUUCUUUUCUAAACCACUCCUCGCAUCCACUUAAUCAUUGGUGUAUAUCAUUCUGUUGGUAAACACAGGCCUGUUUUGGAUGGAAGUUCAUUUUGAAGAAUUGGUUGUAUCAAACUGGAAUUAAGAAAAUUUUGCAGUUCUGCAGUCGCUUUUGAAGUUUUAAUCCUCUGCAAUGAAGAUCUUCGUAGGUGUAUUUUGCAUUGCGAGUUUUUGUGAGUCAACUUGAUAGUUCUAACAUCUGGCUUGAAUUGAAACUACAAUAGUAUUGUUUUUAUCUUUUUGACUAGGUGGUGUUGAAAUAGUUCAAGUGUAUGAAUGUAGUUAUAUAAAGUUGGCACAACCAGUCUUUACAAGUCGUUGACAGAGUUUUAUCUAGUUGUACAGAAUUUUCUUCAAAUGGAGAUUAGUAAUUAACAGUGAUGUACAGUGUUAAGUCAGCCUCAGCGUGCGUGGCCUUCCUUUGUAACCUAUCAAGUACUGUUUACGUCUAGUAAUUCUUAUGAUGAAAUAACUUAAUUGGUAAUUCUUCUUAUGAUCAUUAUGGAAUACUUAAAUGGUAAUCUUCUUGUCAAACCAGAGAUGAAUCUGUUACUCUAAGUGUUGUCACUUGAAGACAGAAACCUGUUGUUUUUGCAACUUUAAAGUAAACUAGAUGUAAUUUCUAUUUGAGACCGUACCAACAUGGUCAUGUCUCAUAUUUUCAUGCGACAAUUUAGAAAAAGAGAUUUACACCAUUAUUCUGACAUGUUCUCGAUUCACAACUCUUGUUGUUUUGAGGUUGUAACAUUCACGCACAAAAUGAGUUCACGGUCGAACCAUAAUUUCUUGUUUUCACUUGACUAGAAAUAAUUUAAAUCUUCUUUUGAAGAGAGGAAAACUAACUUUUGAAACUUUAGAAGAGCCAUGACAUGCACCUUCUACUUGAAUACAUUUCAAUUUCAUAUCAUUUAUUAAACAUGUUCAGCUGCUAUACGCAUGAAAUAGACACGGCCAUGUUGUUGGAAACCCUUCCAUUGUGAGUACGUACCGAGAUUUGCAUCAAACAAAUUUUCACAUUUGGACACUUGGUCAGUUGUUUGGUUACGUAAUUGUCAAGCUUGUUGAUGGCUUGAUGCUAAUCUCCUCUAAGCAUUUAUGGUUUAUUCAAUGUGACAUUAUUAUUAUCAUAUAAGCCUGUGUUGUUGAUUCCUAGAGGCUGUAAGACCUUAUUUUUUCCAGGAAAAUAUGUCAGUUUUUAAAAUUGAGAAUGACAUGUCCAUCUUCCUAUGGAAAUUACCUUCUUGCAGCUUUUGUACAUUUCGCUUACAAAGAGAAUACACUGUCGUACAUUUAUAAUGUAUUUGCCCAUUAGGAGCACUAAACAUUUUCUUGAUGUAUUUCUAACAAAUUUUCGCAAUCUUUAGGAGCACCAACACAUGGCUUACAUUAUCCAUGGCGUUUAAUUUUUGCCUGAUAACACGAACACUAUGCUUUAUUUCAUAUUUAGUAAUUCGUACAGAAUGUUGUGGUAUAAUUAUUGAAGUAGUCAAAACGUAGCCUACACGUUAGGCCAUGGAAUAUGUUAAAUGGUCGUGUUUUAACCACUGGCUGGAAUUGUUUUGGUAGAUGCUUUCUUAAAUUUCUGUUUGAUUUUGAAUAACUUUAGAAUAAGUCGGGAAGGAUGCUGACUUGGAAUCUGUAAUUACUCAAAGAUUGGCUGGAAGCCAUCACAUCUGGAGUUCUUAGCAAGGGUCCGAAUACAUUUAAAGGAUUUCAUUUUGCUUGGAGAAGUUUGAUGGCCAAAUAUGGUUUCUUCACUUCGGCCUUCAAUUACAAAAGCUGUAGCAAACUUCACAUUUGAUUAUGUUAUUCUCGCCUCUUCAUUUCUUGACCAAGUGUUCAUCGAAGUAAAACACUAACAAGCAGAGUCCACCUAUUUGAGCAAAAUUGUUGUAUAUGCUUUUACAUUAAUGUACAGUAAUUGCUUGCCAGGCAAAUGCAAGCUGGUUAAUUGCUAUAGAAUUUGGGGUAAAGUGCUCUGUGAACAUUGUCUGAUAGAUCGUAUUGAUUAUAGUAUUGAUGAUUUGUGACUUGUUGCGGUCUUUGAGGGCAUGCAUUGUCAAAAAAGGUGCUCUGUUUUUUCCCGGGAUUUUAAAUGGACCUAUUUUAUUACAAGAACUACUGUUAGGCUGUUCCAUUUGGAUUGUGAAGCCAGUGUUGGUGUAAAACAAUAUGAGAGGACAUUCAAUACCGUGAAUAUAACAAAAACAAUUAAACAACUACAUGUACAUGUAUGUCAGGGAAACAAAAUGUUAUUCAGUAAGAUUUAAUGUACUUUGGCCUCCUGCAACACAUACUAGGAGUGCAACACUUAUUGACUUUACAAUACUAAUGGGCCAAGUCUGCCAUCAUAAUCACAAGGUUGUGACUAUGUCUUCACCAAAACAGAAGAGAUUGGUUCUUUGUUAUGGGUCCAUUCAAGAUUAAUUUGAGAAAACAGAGCAUCUGCAUUUUGUAAUUGUUACAUAAUUGGAUGGUGAAUAAACGGAAGUUCACAAAA